AAUCGUCAAUUAAGUUAUCUACGUUCAGAAGCACCAAAUCAAGAUGACAUAUUAGAAGUAGAUUCAUUAAAAGUAAAUGCCACAUUAGAAGUAGAUGCUGCAUUAGAAGUAGAUGCUGCAUUAGAAGUAGACACCAUAUUAGAA